UUAAUACACCUGCAUUUUAUCAAUUUAAUGAUCUCAUAAUUAUCGUUUCUACUUAUAAAACUAUGUGAUCGGAUGCUAAAUCUCCAUAUUGUCUUUUAAGACAUGGCUGGACUUACAUCGAUCCUUGUGGUGGCGGCUUUAGCUGUUUGUGCAGCUCUGCCGACACCGGACCCCGUGCUCCUGAGGCCGUCAGAGCAGCGGUUCCAGUACGCCCAGGGAGCUGACGGACAGCUGCGUCUAGUGGACCUGUGGUUGAAGACCAGCGAUGUUGCGGCCUCGGCUAGAUACGACCCGGAUAGGCAGAAUGUCUACCAUCUGUUUACCAGACAGAACCCCACAGUAAGCCAGCCCCUCCUGCUCGGUAGUGAAUCGCUACUAGAACUCACCCACUUCUCACCCGACCGUCGCACCGUGGUGCUACUGCAUGGCUGGCUAGAUGACGUGUUGGCGACUUUCAACAGCGUUCUUGUGCCGUCGUUCCUGCAAGCAGCUGACGUGAACGUGAUCGUGGUGGACUGGAGCGCCGGCGCCAACGUCGUCAACUACGCCGCCGCCGUGCGCAACACUGUCAAGUCAGGCGAGAGCGUAGCCUGGUUCAUCACCUGGUUGAACAGCGUGACCGGGGCAGACUCCCGCAGCUACCACGUGGUGGGGCACAGCCUCGGCGCGCACCAGGCCGGGGUCAUCGGCAGGAACGUGGAGGGCGGCAUCGCUUAUAUUACUGCUCUAGACCCGGCUCUGCCCGGCUGGCUGACCAACUCGCAGCGGCUCCGCCCUGAAGAUGCUCAGUACACCGAGGUGAUCCACACCAACGCCGGCCUGCUAGGUUACGCCAUGCCGCUCGGGCAUACGGACUUCUACCCUAAUGGCGGGGUUAACAUGCCCGGGUGUGGGUCGCAGCAGUGCGAUCAUGAAAGGAGCAUCCACUACUUCGGCGAGUCAUUGACAUCAAGUACCUUCGUGGGUAGGCGGUGUGCCAGUUACCUGAAUGCCAUGACGGACAACUGUCUGCUGCCGGGUAGGCUAGCUAUGGGCGGACUUGUGGCUAAAACUGGGUCGUCAGGCAUUUAUCUACUGAAAACCAAUGCCGAGCCACCAUUUGCGCAGGUUUGAAAAAAAAAACCUACCUACGCAUGUAAAUACCCAUUUACCACUAGUACCCACUUGGCAUACCAAAACCUAUUCAUCUAAGUAUGUACCACCUACUUAAAAAAUGUGAUUCUACUUAAAAAAAUAUGAUUCUACAAAA